CAGUUUAUCUUCGCUGUUCCGCACUACUCCUACUCCUACUAUUCUCUCUCUCUUUCUUAUCUCCUCCUUUUUCACUUUGAAACUACCUUUUUUUUUUUUUUUUUUUUUUUUUUUUUUUUUAGCUUCGUCUCAAGAAACCAUGUUGUCUCUUGUUUCUUACAUUCUGUGUUGCUUCCUCCCCAACACCCCACUUUUUUUCUCUUCCACAACCUUAAAACAAACCUCGUCACUUUAAUUUUCUCUCUCUCUCUCUUCCAUCUCUAUUUCACUGUUUCUUAAUCUCAAUUUUCAUGCAUUUUUAAGGUGGUGGUCCGCCGGAUUUUGCUUCUACUAAGGUAGUAAUUCUAGGGCCCCAUCCUCUUUAUUUCCAGCUUAAUUUCUUCUUCAACUUACCCUUUUCUUUUUCUCUUUACUCUCUCUCUCUCUCACCCCACAUAAGAUUGUGAAGCAAUUGAUUUUUGAGUACUGUACUACACUUAGUUAAGAAGUAGAAUUAUAAUUUUUGUUAGUUAAACUAUUUUCUUCAUCUUAUUGGUGUUUUAUUUCUAUGUUCAUGGGUAAAACAUAGGAUUAUAUACACAUCAUAAGAAAUAGGGUUAGGGUUUCUUAAAUCUUAAUUAGGGUUUUAAUUAAGUAAUUAAAAAUAAAAAUAAUGGCAUUAGCUGGUGAGGAAAAGGAAAUGAGAAUGCCAGGUUCUUUAGGGUAUCAUUCACUUGAUCAAAACAUAGAUCAAGUUCUCCCACCCUCCAUUCAAGAUCACGAAAAAUCAUCCGGCGGUGGUGGUGCAACUCCAGCUGUAGUUGGCGUUGCACCACACAAUUCCUCCGCCAGAUCUAAUAAAUUUAACAAGAUAACAACAGCAAGAGCUAGGUACCGUGAGUGUCUUAAAAAUCAUGCUGCUAAUAUUGGAGGAAAUGUUACUGAUGGAUGUGGUGAGUUCAUGCCUAGUGGAGAAGAAGGAACGCUUGAGGCGUUGAAAUGUGCUGCCUGUAAUUGUCACCGUAAUUUUCACAGAAAAGAACAGCCUAACAACGUUGGUGGUGACAAUAAUAAUAAUAAUGCGGGGAUUAUGGUUGUGCAUCCACUACAGCUGCCUCAACCACUACCUUCUCCGAUACCGUCGUUGAAUCACCACCACCACCAUCACCAUCAACACGGAGGUAGAUCAAUUUGGACUACCAUGCCACCUCAGCCUGUCAAAAUGGCCUUCGGAGGUAGCGGGGGAAGUGGGGCAACGGACUCAUCAAGCGAAGAACUUAAUUUCAACACUUAUCAUCAUCAACAGGCAACAUCAGUGCCUCCACAACAACCAUUUGUGUUGGCUAAGAAAAGGUUUAGGACAAAAUUCAGUCAAGAACAAAAGGAGAAAAUGUUGGAAUUUGCAGAGAAAUUAGGAUGGAGAAUUCCAAGAGAAGAUGACACUGAAGUACAAAGAUUCUGCUCACAAGUUGGAGUGAAGAGACAGGUUUUUAAGGUUUGGAUGCAUAAUAAUAAGAAUCCUUCUGCUAAAAAGAACACAAUACAAGAAGAUCAACCUUAAUUAAUUAAAUUAAGUUAAGGUUUGGGGAAAAAAAUGAAAUGAAAUUUCUUGGGAUUUGGUUUCUGCUUAUGUAGUCGUACUAGGAAUCGUACGUAGCUAGCAAGUUUUUUUCUUCUUUUCUAUGUAGCAUUAUUGUAACUAUGGAACCCCUUUAAUCAGAUUUUAUUUUUAUUAAUUAAUUAUUGUACUUGCAGGAA